AUGCAAAUCACUCAACUACAACAAACCUCACUCACUGACUGUCGAUUCGACGAUUGCUUCCUCCUACUUACUCAAUCAGUCAAUUCUCAUAGACUCUUCAGAAUGCUCAUCAAGGAGUCUUACGUAGACGUGCCGACCAAGGCCGACGGCAAGGAUGGUUCCAUGAGAAUCUUCCUCUUCCACCCUUCCAUUCCAGGCUAUCCCCAGGCAUACUGCAGCAAGUUCCCCGGUGUCUGCCUCUUCUCUGAAAUCUACCAAGUGACCGGCCCCGUCGCCCGCUUCGCUCGACAGAUCGCAGGACAGGGCUACAUCGUCGCCGCGCCCUCGUCCUACCACGACUUCACCGGCCCAGAGGCCCUGGCCUACGAUGUUCCCGGCACCGACAAGGGCAACGCCUGGAAGGUUGAAAAGACCCUCGAGUCCUACGACGAAGACUCCCGCCGCACCGUAGACCACCUCCUCACCCUCCCAACCUGCACCGGCAAAAUAGGCAGCACGGGAAUGUGCCUAGGCGGCCACCUCGCCGUCAGAGCCUCCCUCGAUCCCCGAAUCACCUCCUGCGUAGCCUACUUCGGAACAGACAUCCACACCCGCACCCUAGGCCCCCACACCUCCGCAAACUCCUCCCCAACAGCCCCCGAAAACAGCACCCACACCCUAGACCUCUUCGCCACGAACCUCACCCACGCAGAGGUGGCCAUGAUCUUCGGCGUGAAAGACACCCACGUCCCCGCGGAAGGCCGCGACCUCAUCCGCGCCAAGCUCCGCGAGGCAGGCGUCACGACGAGCUUCUACGAGUUCGCGUGGGCCCAGCACGCCUUUAUCCGCGACGAGUUGAGCAAGGGACGGUAUGACCCCGCUAUUACAAAGGUCUGCUUUGAGAUUCUGCUCGAGUUGUUUGGGAGGACGCUGAAGCUGGAUUUGGGCCCCUUGGAGGGCGUUGGCGAGGUUGAGCACGUUUGCUAG